AUGGCACCUAAGCGCAACGCCGACGACGACUUCGUUCUCACCCUAUCCGACGAUGAGAACCCUCCUGUUGACGGUGAAGAAGAAAAUGACGGCGAAGACACCAACGGGCUCGCGACAUCGAAAAAGCGCAAGCGGGAAGCUGCCGAGACCUCGACGAAGGGAAAGAAUAAGAAGCAGAAGCAGCGAGAGCAGCAAUUGAUGAACGGAAAGGGCGACAAGAAGAAGAAUAAGAAGGGGAAGAAGGACGCCGAGCGUGAGCCUGAACCUGAAACCGAUGAGGAGGACGACGAAGAAGAAGCGGACGUUGGCGAGGAUGAUGGAGCUUUGAACCCGGAUUUUGAGUUUGAUGUUGCUGGUGCUGCGAAUCAGGGUGUUGUUGAGGGAUUUGAUGGAUGGGGUACUGGAGAAGGCGAGGCUAAAAACGGAGAUAAGAAGGGUGUUGAUAUUGACGAGAUCAUUUCGAGACGACAGGCGAAGAAGGAAGCUGAGUCGAAGAAGAAGCAGAAGAAAAAGCAAGAUUGCGAAGACGAAGCUGAGGAUGGUGACGACGAGGAUGGAAUGGAGGUCGAUUUCGAAGAUGAUGAACUGCUUGCCGCUGACGGGUUCGGUAUGGGCGCUGACGGAGAAGACGAGAGUGAACAAGAGGACAAGGCUGGGUCUCAGAAAGACGACGAUUCAGAAACAGGCAGCGACUCUGAAGAAAACGACGACGAUGCGGCAUCCGAUAAUGACUCGGUAGCAACUCCUGUCAACCAUCCUGACGAUGAAGGCUCCGACAACGACUCGGAGCCCGAAAGCGACGUCGACGUUGAGGAACAAGAAAAGCGCAAGGCAUUCUUCGCACCCGAAGAGAAGACCCUAGAACAGUCAAAUGCCGAUGCGAAGCGGUCGUUCCAGGAAUUCAACCUAUCCCGCCCUAUUCUCCGCGGCCUGGCCGCCGUUGGGUUCUCGAACCCCACCCCUAUCCAGCGCAAGACAGUCCCCGUGGCCUUGCUGGGCAAGGACAUUGUCGGUAGUGCAGUUACCGGCUCUGGUAAAACCGCAGCUUUCGUCGUUCCCAUCCUCGAACGUCUGCUCUUCCGUCCCCGAAAGGUGCCUACCAGCCGUGUCGUGAUCCUAAUGCCCACCCGUGAAUUGGCAGUGCAGUGUUACAAUGUGGCUACGAAGCUUGCUACUUACACCGAUAUCACCUUCUGUCAACUUGUUGGUGGUUUCAGUCUGCGCGAGCAAGAAAACGUGCUGAAGAAGCGCCCCGAUGUGAUCAUCGCUACACCCGGUCGUUUCAUUGACCAUAUGCGCAACUCGGCCAGCUUCACAGUCGAUACGCUGGAAAUCUUGGUUCUUGAUGAAGCAGACCGGAUGCUCGAAGACGGUUUCGCCGAUGAGUUGAACGAGAUUCUCACCACUAUCCCCAAGUCAAGACAGACGAUGCUCUUCUCCGCUACCAUGACAGACACCGUCGACAAGCUUAUUCGUGUCGGUCUCAACCGUCCUGUUCGUUUGAUGGUCGACGCAAAGAAGAAUACUGCUUCUUCGCUGGUGCAGGAAUUCGUGCGGUUACGUCCUGGGCGGGAAGACAAGCGACUUGGGUACCUUUUGCAUCUCUGCAAGGAGAUUUACACUGGUCGUGUCAUUAUCUUCUUCCGACAGAAGCGCGAGGCACACCGGGUUCGUAUUGUCUUCGGACUUCUGGGACUCAAGGCUGCAGAGUUGCACGGUAGCAUGAGCCAGGAACAACGUAUCAAAAGUGUCGAAAACUUCCGUGAAGGAAACGUCGCCUUCCUCCUAGCCACAGAUCUGGCCUCCCGUGGUCUUGAUAUCAAAGGCGUCGAAACCGUCAUUAACUACGAAGCUCCCCAAAACCACGAGAUCUAUCUCCACAGAGUCGGUCGUACCGCCCGUGCGGGCCGCUCCGGUCGUGCCUGCACCAUCGCCGCUGAGCCAGACCGCAAGGUCGUCAAAACCGCCGUGAAGGCCGGCAAAGCGCAAGGCGCCAAGAUUGCCUCCCGCGUCGUCGACCCUGCUGUCGCUGACUCCUGGGCCACCAGAGCUGAGAACAUGAAGGAGGAAGUCGACGAGAUUCUCGAAGAAGAGAAGACAGAGAAACAAUUCGCGCAGGCUGAGAUGCAGGUCACCAAGGGUGAGAACCUGAUGAAGCACCAGGCGGAGAUCAUGGCCCGGCCAAAGCGGACAUGGUUUGAGACGGAGAAGCAGAAGAAGGAGGCAAAGAAGAAGGGUGCAACAGAGCUGAAUGGCCCUGAAGCUAGCUUGAGUAAGAAGGACAAGGUGAAGCUGUCGAACAAGGAUAAGAAACGGAUGGAUGAUACCCGAGCGAGACUGGAGGGUAACCCGGGAUGGAAGAAGGGCAAGGCUGUGCGGGAGGCGCCCCCGGAUUCGAAGAAUGGUAAGAAGCAGGGCCAGAAGGGUAAGGGGAAGAAAUGA